CUAUUUUAAUGCUUGAACCAUUUAUCAACGCAAAAUCUUGUGGCAAACUCAAAAUUGCUGUUAGUUGUUCAUCUAAUAUGAACAGAAGUAUGGAAGCACAUUACUUUCUAAAGCAACGUGGGUUUAAUGUCCAAAGUUUUGGUUCUGGAAAUUAUGUAAAGCUGCCUGGACCAAGUAUUGACAAACCAAAUAUUUACGAUUUUGAUUCGAUUACUUAUGAUGAAAUUUAUCAGGAUUUGAAAAACAAAGAUUCGAAAUUAUAUACACAGAAUGGGCUUUUGAACAUGCUUGAUAGAAAUAGAAGGAUAAAAAAAUGUCCCCAAAAAUUCCAAACUUGUCAAGAACAUUUUUCUAUCAUAAUUUGUAUGGAAGAACGAGUUUACGAUCAAAUUGUUGAUUUUCUGCAAACAAAUGAAAGUUCUAACAGUACAGGAGAGUGUGUACAUAUAAUUAAUUUUGACAUUCAAGAUAAUCACGAAGAAGCGACUAUUGGAGCUUUAAUUGUGGUACAAUUGUGCAAAAAGUUGGAAGAAUGUGAAGAUUUGGAUAACGAAAUUGAUGAAGUUUUGAGCGAUUUCGAAUUGGAAAAUCAAGGAAGGAAUCUUUUACAUACAAUAUGUUUUUAUUGACGUUUGUAUUUUUUAAGUUUAAAGAAAGUUUUUAGUGUCCUAUUUAAAAAUCUUUUACACCCGGUUGGUUACAAGCCCUAUGACUGACCGAUAUUUGUAAUCUUUUUCUAAUUAUAGAUUUAUUACAAAACUCGUAUAAAAUUUUAAUCGUUGUAAAUUUUGAUAUUUUUAAUUUUAACAUAAGCAUAAAUGUGAUCUAUAAAAAUUUGUUUAUUUACUUAUUUUUUAUUAAUAUUUUAUACAUUUUUAAAUUUUGUUUUUUCCCAUUUGAUUUUUUUAAUUUUAAAUUUCGUGAUGUGAGUAAAGAAAAAAGAGAAGGGUGUACUGAAUUAAGAAUUGCCGAUUUUCUGUCAAUUUUGCCAAAUCAAUAUUAAUUUUUUUGGCAAGUCAAUAUAGAAUUUUUACUUUAUUAAGGGGAUGGAUGAACACGUUAAUUUCCUCCCACUUGCUCCACACUUUUCAAA